CGCUCGCCUCCCUACGCCCCGCCUCCACAGGCGCCUCCUCGCGGACCGUCCGGCGCGUCACGUGACGGGUCGGCAGCGCGGCGGUUGCCGUCAGCUGAUUCCCCAGGUUGGCGGCUGAGGCGCCCGCAGCGAUGGACUUUCUCCUGGGAAACCCGUUCAGCUCUCCGGUGGGCCAGCGCAUCGAGAAGGCGACAGAUGGCUCCCUGCAGAGCGAGGACUGGGCCCUCAACAUGGAGAUCUGUGACAUCAUCAACGAGACGGAGGAAGGUCCCAAAGAUGCCUUCCGAGCAGUGAAGAAGAGAAUCGUAGGAAACAAGAAUUUCCAUGAGGUGAUGCUGGCUCUCACGGUCUUAGAAACCUGCGUCAAGAACUGCGGGCAUCGCUUCCACUUGCUGGUGGCCAGCCAGGACUUUGUGGAGGGCGUGCUGGUGAGGACCAUCCUGCCCAAGAACAACCCCCCCACCAUCGUGCACGACAAGGUGCUCAACCUCAUCCAGUCCUGGGCUGACGCGUUCCGCAGCUCACCUGACUUGACAGGUGUGGUGGCCGUGUACGAGGACCUGCGGAGGAAGGGCCUGGAAUUCCCAAUGACCGACUUGGACAUGCUGUCACCCAUCCACACGCCCCAGAGGACCGUGUUCAGCUCUGAGGUACCAUCAGGGCAGAAUUCCGUGGGCACUGACGCCAGCCAUGGAGGAGACUCCACCCAGCACACCACCUCCCUGCCCAUCCCGGCCACGCUCCCCAGUGACACACCCAUCACACCCACCACUGAGCAGAUUGCGAAGCUGCGCAGUGAGCUCGAAAUGGUGAGUGGGAACGUGAGGGUGAUGUCGGAGAUGCUGACGGAGCUGGUGCCAACCCAGGCAGAGCCUGCGGACCUGGAGCUGCUACAGGAGCUCAACCGGACGUGCCGCGCCAUGCAGCAGCGGGUUCUGGAGCUUAUCCCCCGAAUCGCCAAUGAGCAGCUCACCGAGGAGUUGCUCAUCGUCAACGACAACCUCAACAACGUGUUCCUGCGCCACGAACGGUUUGAACGGUUCCGAACAGGCCAGACUGGCAAGGCCCCACGAGAGGCCGAGGCGGCGGCUGACCUGAUCGACAUGGGCCCUGACCAGGUGGCCACUGGCAGCCUCUCAUCCCAGCUGGCAGGAAUGAACCUCGGCUCCAGCAGCGUAAGGGCUGGCCUGCAGUCUCUGGAGGCCUCUGGCCAACUGGAAGGCGAGUUUGACAUGUUUGCACUGACCCGGGGCAGCUCUCUGGCUGACCAACGGAAAGAGGUGAAAUAUGAAGCCCCCCAAGCAAGAGAUGGUCUGGCGGGAGCCCUGGAUGCCCGACAGCAGAGCACUGGAGCGAUGGGAGGCAGCAGUGAGAAGAGCCUCAGUGCCUGGAUGAUGAGACAAGGCAUGAUCCCCGUCACCCAGGCCUGCCUCAUGGAGGACAUCGAGCAGUGGCUGUCCACUGACGUGGGGAAUGACGCGGAGGAGCCCAAGGGCGUCACCAGCGAAGAAUUUGACAAGUUCCUGGAAGAACGGGCCAAAGCCGCCGAUCGAUUGCCCAACCUCUCCAGCCCCUCAGCUGAGGGCCCCCCGGGUCCUGCUCGUGGCGCUGCCCCUCAAAAGAAGAGCCAGGAGAAAGAGGAGGACACGCUGUUUGCCUUAUGAGCAGGGGGCCUGGCGCCUGCAGCCCGAGCCCCUGCUGCUCUCAUUCCCCUUGGCCGGGGCUGCUUUCCCUCCUUCGGUGUUAAGGCUGCGUUGAGGAUGGCUUCUUACCCCUUCUCUCCUCCUCGACGAUGGGCUGACCCAGCCAUGCUGGGCCUCGCCACUUGGGCUGUGGAGGGGCAGCUGGAUGAAUUGGGGUAACAGGACAGGUUCCCGUUGGGAGCUGGGCCCCCUCUGCCUCCUCCUCUGCCCCAACCGACCACUACUUUGCUGAAAACCAGGAGGUCCUGUGACAGACAGGCUGGCUGCCGGGUCUCCCUGGUGUGACUCCUUGCCCUGGGUGAUCCCCUUCCUGGAUGCAACCCCGGAGGAGCCCACACUGCCAGUCGAGGCCUGGCUAGGGGCCGGAUAUGGCACAAGCUUUGUCACAGCCCCGGGUCUGUUCCCCAGCACCUGCUUGUGGGGCCCCCAGGUUUGGGUAGCUGCUGAAGGCGGGGUGUGUGGCCCUCUGCCAAGCUGCCUGCUGUCCAGGUACGAAACUGCACACGGUGCGGGGAGGCCUCACCAGCCCCAGGCUGCAGAGGGGAGGCUUCCGGGGCUGUCCGCAGCACCCCCAUGACCUCCACUGCCUUCCCUGCAUCCUCGCUCUGUCCCUCCCAAGCGAGGCUCCCCCCGGGCACUGGGCCCACCCACCUGUUGGCCGACCUUGUACUGGGAGAGGUGUCUUUUGUAACCCAAUUAAAGAUAGAAAAGCAUCCUGCUA